UUCACUCGCCCCGGGCCAGCGCGGGCGCUCAGGCCUCGGAGCGGGGAUGAUGGCCGCCUCGCACCCCGCAGCGCGGCCGGCGGCCGGCUGUAUUCACAGCCCGGGAAAUACCACCGGAGCGUGGGCCGCCCAGUACCAACGCCAAGACCCCAGACAGGUUCUGGCGGCGGCGGCCGCCGCCCUGGGCGAGGAGGAGGAGGAGAGCGCGGUGCAGCCUGCGCGGGCGUCGGCUGAUUAUAACAUCAACUCUUCUCCAGUGAAUGAUCGAAUAACGUACGAAGACACUGUUAACUUUUCUGAUAUCUCCCACUCUAAUGAAGAGUAUUUCAGGAGACUAAAAGAACUGAAGGCAGCCCACAUAAAAACUAUGAAAAUAUUAAGAAGAAUGUACCAAGAAAAGCUAAAUUUAAAGGAAGCUCAGCCAGUAACCAUCAAGGAAGAUACUCCUAGUAUCUCUUCCAGUUGUGCGACGGGAAAGAAUUCCUAUCACCCUGUGUUGUUAGUGACAUCACUUUCGGAGCCUGAAUUGACCCGGUCCUCCUCCUUACAUACGUCUUCCUCUGAAGAGGAUCUACCGCCGCUAAAAAAAGAGCUUUCCAAGAAACACAAAAUGAUGACGUAUGCCAAGGAGCUCAUCAACAACAUGUGGAGAGACUUCUGUGUUGAAGAUUACAUAAAGUGUGAUGAUUCUGACUUCCCAGCAGUUGAAAAAACAAAGAAGAAACCAAAAGAAUGGGUGCCCAAGGUUACUGUGCCUGUGCCUUUUCAAAUGACAAUUAGAGAACAGAAGAAAAAAGAAGAGGCCAAGAAGGCUAUGUCGGAUAUUGAAAUGAUGCGUAAACUGAUCAAGACACAAGCUGAUUCUGAGCGUAGGAAGAAAUUCCGAGCUAAUCCUCUUCCUUCAUAUAUCUUCUUUCCCCGUUAUCAAGAUAUGGUCAAGCAAAAUGAGGAAAGGAGGAGGAUGAUGAAGGAGAAAAACAAAGAAGCUCUUUUGGCUUUACAAAAGCCAUUUAAGUUUAUUGCAAGGGAGGAACAGAAGCGAGCAGCCCGGGAAAAGCAACUGAGAGACUUACUUAAGUCUAAAAAGAAAACAAGCCGGUUUAAAGCCAGACCCAUACCUCGAUCUACUUAUGGUUUCUCUUCGCCUAUCAGUGAUAAAUUAAAAGAAGAAGAUCUCUAUAGAAGCCUUAGGGCACAGCUGAAAGCCCAAGAAUUUUUAGAGGCUUUGUCUGCCCUGCCUUCUGGGACAACAGGCAGACAAUACAGGAACCCCAGGAAUCCUGAGCGAUCUGGAAAGUUAAGGAGUAAAGCCAGGGGAAGAGGCCAGGUUCCUGAUACUCAUGACCCCCCUCUGAAAUAUAAAGAAUUCUCAGAACUCAGGCUUCCAACGCGCUCACCAGUUUAUAAACAAUUCGACCUUCAGACAUCCUCAAGUGACUCUGCCAAAAGAGACAAAGUUUGGGCAGAUAUUAGAGCAGAUGAAGAAAACUUGAGAGAAACACGUUGGCCUUAUCUGUCUCCAAGGUGUAACUCAUCAGUGAAAAAUGUGAAUACAAAGCCCCCACUUUAUAAAACUGUCAGCCCGACAAAGCACACAGUAUCUUCAAGAGGACGGGAGCAGGCCACAAGGAGAUCACUUGAGGAAAAGAAAAUGUCGGAAGAAGAGAGAAAUCGGAUCCUAACUAAACAGAAGCAAAGAAUGAAAGAAUUGCAGAAACUCCUGACAGUCCGGGUUAAGGCUUAUGACUUGCACCAAAGUUUAGCUCAGAUGUCUAAAUCCAAACUAAAACACCUCAGAAAGAGUGAAAAGGAAAGGAUGAAAGAAUACCGACAAGAGCUAGAAGAAAGAGAAGAAGAAUUAAAACAGAGGCCAUUAUUGUUUGAAAGAGUUGCUCAGAAAAAUGCAAGAAUGGCAGCAGAAAAGCAUUAUUCUAACACCCUAAAAGCACUAGGAUUAUCUGAUGAGUUUGUUUCAAAGAAAGGCCAAAGUGGAAAAUUACUUGAGUACCUCAGCAACCAAGACAUGAAGAGUUGCCUUGAAGAUAAGGAAAGCUUUAGUGAAGAAGAAAAAAUAGAAGAGAGAGAGAGUGAGGAAGAAAAUUAUUUUGUUGAAACCACCAGCCAGGAUUCUUACCAGGGAAAAGAUGAAGAUGGUGAAGGAAGUAGAGAAGAAAAUACUGAAGACUAAAACUUAUUACAAGCUCUCCUCUGCCCCUUGCUGUGCAGCACCAGGAUGUCAGCAGCUGCUAAGAGCAUCUUGAGGGGCAUCUCUGAUAAGCACGAGGAUCAACGAAGACAUCAGAGCCUAAAGGGACUGAAUCCAGAUGAUUCGGUCAGAGCAAAACUGUGCCUGUUCUGUUUUAAAAAUUACUGUGUGUGAUCUGUUUCCAACUAUAAUCUGAUUGGUAUUUCUAAAAAGGGCUUGAGAAAAAGGUUUAAGAAUCACAGUUGUCACAAACUUACUAGUUAUGAAAAUAUAAUUGUUUUGUGGGGAAAUGGGCUGAGUGUUGAGAGUAGAGAGCAGUAUUGGCCCUUGAUUUAACUUUUUCUAGAAAGCAUCAAUUAAUAAAGAUUUCUACUAAUACUA